CAAACUCUCGUUUCAAUUACCCGCUCCAUUAUCAUGAAAUUGUCAAUGACCCUUGCUGUUGCCGCUCUGGCUACUCUCGCUGCUGCCGACGUGACCAUCCCUGGAUCGUUCGACAGUGCCACCGCUGCUAUUGGCGGUGCAAUCAAUUCAGCAGCCACUGCUAUUGGUGGGGAUGCCACCUCAGCGGCCUCUGCUAUUCAAGGUGAAGCUACUUCAGUGGCAUCCGGCGUCGCUGGCGCUGCUACCUCCAUCGCAUCAAACUUAGCAAGUGAUGCUGCAUCAGCUACUGCUGGUCUCUCAACCACUAUUCCAUCGGCCGCCAAUACCGUCUCUUACUCAUGGAUAGCCGUAGGCGUUACUGUCGCCGGCACUGCCAUUGCAUCUGCUCUUCUUUAAUUUAAUUAUAUGCAAUAGAGUCGUAUAUUUAUUAUUUUAUUACAUAACUUUUUUAAAAACUUAACCAUGUACAGUAGUUGUUCCAUUGUAUGCCUCAGUGCCCAUAUUUGUAUCUGCCAAGCUUUUGUUCCAGAAGCAGUUUGCCAAACUAAAACUAAAAAAAUUGCCC